AUGCGCUUUUCCAGCAUAGCCAUUAUUCUCCAAAGCGCAAGCAUCUUCUUCACAACUGAAGCUGGGGCCACUGUAAAUCACAUUAAUGAGCGAAAGAAAUCAUUUAUUUGUGACGAAGUCACUUUUAAAUUCAAUCAAUUUCCACAUCAACGAGGUUUAACAGAGGAUGCAGCGGGCAUGACAGCUUACGGGAGUUUGUACCAAAUAUAUAUGGAUAAAUUGGAGGUACACGAGAACGAGCAUACCAAUGGGAUUCCUUUCAGGUAUGCAGAUCGUCAUACCACUAACUUAUCUUUUUACCUACUCGCCAAUUUGACAUCAUACCAAAACCUUGGAACUUACGACUUGAGAUUUGACUAUUAUGUAGUGGUGGACGGCCGCAAUCGCGCUACUGCUAUGUUACUUAAAACAACACCGCACAAUCGAUCGGGCAAUUAUGAACAGUCGACAGAACCAUACUACACGUUAUGCAAAGUUGGAGCGCUUCGCUGA